UGCUUGUUGGCACUUAUCAGCUGUGAGGCCCGACGUACUGAGCUGUACCGGAGAGAACCGCAAUCAUGAAUGUGGUAUUGGCCGUCAAGCAGUACGUAUCCAAGAUGAUAGAGGAAAGUGGGCCCGGCAUGAAGGUGCUGCUCAUGGACAAGGAGACGACCAGCGUGGUGAGCAUGGUGUACACACAGUCUGAGAUCCUGCAGAAGGAAGUCUAUCUCUUCGAACGGAUAGAGUCCACCAACCGAGAGAGCAUGAAGCACCUCAAAGCCAUAUGUUUCCUAAGGCCCACAAAGGAAAAUUUGGAAUAUUUGAUCAAGGAGCUGCGAAGGCCCAAGUACAGCGUCUAUUUCCUCUACUUCAGCAAUGUGAUCAGCAAAAGCGACGUGAAGUCCCUGGCAGAGGCAGAUGAGCAGGAAGUGGUGGCUGAGGUUCAGGAAUUCUACGGAGACUACAUUGCUGUGAACCCUCACGUCUUUUCUCUUAACAUCGUCGGCUGCUAUCAGGGACGGAACUGGGAUCCAGUCCACCUAUACCGAUCAACUCAAGGACUGACAGCCUUGCUUCUUUCUCUGAAGAAGUGUCCCAUGAUCCGAUACCAGCUGUCCUCAGACAUGGCUAAGAGACUGGCCGAAGGUGUGAAGCAAGUCAUCACUAAGGAAUAUGAGCUGUUUGAUUUCCGCCGGACUGAGGUUCCGCCUUUGCUUCUUAUACUAGACCGCUCCGAUGAUGCCAUCACACCACUCCUAAACCAGUGGACGUACCAGGCCAUGGUUCAUGAGCUUCUGGGCAUCAAUAAUAAUCGUAUUGACCUGUCUCGUGUGCCGGGGAUAAGCAAGGACCUGAAGGAAGUGGUGUUAUCUGCUGAGAAUGACGAAUUUUAUGCCAAUAACAUGUACCUGAACUUUGGAGAAAUUGGAACCAACAUCAAGAAUCUGAUGGAAGAUUUUCAGAAGAAGAAACCUAAAGAGCAGCAGAAACUGGAGUCUAUUUCUGACAUGAAGGCUUUUGUGGAAAACUACCCCCAGUUCAAGAAAAUGUCCGGCACGGUGUCUAAACAUGUGACAGUGGUUGGGGAGCUGUCCCGCUUGGUCAGUGAAAGGCAUCUCAUGGAGGUGUCGGAAGUGGAGCAGGAACUGGCCUGCCAGAAUGACCACUCAAACGCCCUGCAGAAUGUGAAACGACUUCUUCAGAACCAGCGCUUAACAGAGUUGGAUGCUACGCGGCUGGUCAUGCUUUAUGCACUGCACUAUGAAAGGCACAGUAAUAAUGCUCUGUCAAGUCUAUUAAAUGACCUCCGAGUCCGAGGAGUAUCUGAUAAGUACCGACGGCUGGUGUCUGCAGUGGUGGAGUAUGGUGGAAAGAGAAUAAGAGGGAGCGACCUGUUUAGUCCAAAGGAUGCCGUGGCAAUCACCAAACAGUUCUUCAAAGGGCUUAAGGGAGUGGAAAACGUCUACACUCAGCAUCAGCCAUUUCUCCUUGACACUUUGGAUCAGCUCAUCAAGGGGAAGUUGAAGGACAAUCUGUAUCCAUACCUGGGGCCUAACACUCUCAGAGACAGGCCUCAAGACAUCAUCGUGUUUAUGGUGGGAGGAGCGACGUACGAGGAGGCAUUUGCAGUUUAUAAUCUGAACCGCACAACUCCAGGGGUCCGUAUUGUGUUGGGAGGAACGGCCAUCCAUAACACUAAGAGUUUUCUGGAGGAAGUGCAAGCAGUUGGGUUCCAGGGCCGGUCCGGGGAAGGUUAUCAGGCUGCAGUGAAGUCAUCGGUCAGACGAUGAGGAGAAAACCCAUGCAGUUCAUCUGAAUCAUUCGUCCCUGACCCCUGCAGGAGGACUGCCUGUCACUCUGUGUUAAUGAGCUAUUUAGUGCCCUGUGUUAUUAUGCCCAGCAGUUUAACCUGUUUGAUUAUGUCUCAGCCGUCUUCAUUGCCUUAACAGGGACAAUAGUCUGUUACACACACACACAUCAACCCCGUGGGUUAACAACAGGGAAAUAUAUAUUUAAUGGGACCAAUCUGGUAACAGUCUGCCGUUCUGCUCCUGAACUACAGCUCUCAACAUCCUUUACAAGAAUUCUGGGAGUUGUAGUUCUGCAAGUGCAUGCCCUGCACCAACCACUAACACUAAGGCUGCCCUUAUCCUUGAGCUACACCAGGCCGGCAAGGUCUUGCACCAAGGGCUCUACCAGCGCUGAACACAAUAUGUAUAUUUAUCAUUUUCUCUUCUUUCGAGGACGUUCUAUUAAAGAUUUAACUGGUGAUUAAAUACAAA